UUCAACGCCCAUCAUCAAUCAUCGCUCCCUCGUGUCAUGAUGACUACGCCCAUCGGGUGUCUGCACAUAAUCAACAAUAUUAUAUGGGAUAUGACAAAUACCAGCCAUUGUGUUCGGGUGGCCUUCCUCCUGGCACUGUUUGUAGUCCUACAGUUUAUGUAUCAAACAAACAGAGAUUUUACCAGCGGACCAUUAUCAUUCCAGUCCGACAGAAAACUUUCUAGAAACCCACAAUCAUCCACAAUGAAAGACUAUAUGGAGACGGAUUUCAAUACACAGAACAGAAGCGGGGUUCUGAGAAUACUCUGGUACAACAUUCCAUUCUACUUAAGACCACAUGUCAGCUUCUUCAAAUCCAAGCCGUGUAUGUGCAACUGUUCAAUUUCUGUGGAUAACAGGGACCUCGCCAAAAGCGAUGUCGUUGUAUUCACUCAAUCAUACAUGCCACAUAAACCACCCCCAAAAGAGAAGCACCAUGUCUGGUGUUUUAACACAAUGGAAAAUCUCGCUUUCGCUAUUAAACCAGGACCUCUUUGGAUGGAUAAAUUUGAAUGGAUAAUGUCGUACCGUAGAAAUUCCGAUAUUUCCAGACCCUACGGAAUUAUAAGAAAACGUGAAAAACCCGUCCAAAGAGAUUAUUCGAAAGUGUUUAAACAGAAGACCAAACUUGGUGUGUGGAUGUCUGGUCACUGUCCCGUGCCUUCUAAAAGAAAACCUUACAUUCAAGAACUGAAAAAUUUUAUGGAGGUCGACAUGCACGGAUCCUGCGGGAGUGGCACCUGUAUCAAAAGAACGCCAUUCGUUACACAGUGUGUGCGGAACUUUUCGAGAGAUUAUAAGUUUUAUUUUGCUUUUGAAAAUAAUAUAUGCCACGAUUACACGACUGAGAAAUUCUACAAUUUCUUCAGUACCGAAAAUUUGAACAUUGUUCCAGUGGUUAAUGGACCAUCGAUGGCGAGUGACUAUCUCCCUAAAGGCACAUUUAUAAAUGCUUUAGAUUUCCCUUCGCACAAAGACUUGGCUAAGAAGUUAAAAGAAAUAGGAUCCAAUGAAACUGCUUAUACACAAUUUCUGAAAGAAAAGGACAAAUAUUACGCUUUAACGGAACCAGAGGUGUUCCGAGAAGCAAUGUGCGAUAUAUGCGAGAAAAUACAUAGAGGAGGUCGGCAAAUUCCCAAGAAAACAAAUUUCUGGGAGUUUCAUUAUAAAGAUGGUUGCUAAGAUGAUGCUAUGUGAAUUAUCUAUAAGAAAUGUUGAAUUACUAAUUGUUUCCGAGAUACAUAGUGUCUGGAAAAGAUGAUAGGGUGCAAGAAUCUGCUUGUCUUAAAUUAUCUUGAGUAACAUCCUAUGUACAUGUAUAAUGUAACCCUUCUACUAAUCCACGAUGGUCGUUUGCAUUGAUGGCAGCAUCAUAAAAUGUUUGUUGAAAAUUAAAUAUAAUCGAUU